AUGUCAGGGAUUCAGGAAGCCAGUGUGCGAAGCAUCCGCCCCUACAAGACUAGCGAGCAAUACUUGUAUGCCAUGAAGGAGGACUUGGCAGAAUGGCUUAAGGAGCUCUAUGAUGUCGACAUUGAUGUGAGAUCUUUUUUGGAUGUCCUGGAGACAGGCAUCCUUCUGUGUCAUCAUGCCAACAACAUCACCCAGGUGGCCAGAGACCUCAACCAGGAAUAUCCAAGUUUGGGCAAAAGACUCCAACUUCCCAUAUAUGGCGUAACCUGUAAUGAUUUUGCUCAGCCAGGCACAUUCCAAGCUCGAGACAACGUGUCCAACUUUAUUCAGUGGAGCCGAAAAGAGAUGGAUAUUAAAGAUGUCCUGAUGUUUGAGACAGAGGACCUGGUGUUGCGCAAGAACGAGAAGAACUUUGUCUUGUGUCUUCUGGAGGUGGCCCGGCGGGCUUCUCGCUUUGGCAUGAGCGCUCCUAUCCUCAUCCAAAUGGAGGAAGAAAUUGAGGAUGAGAUCCGUGAGGACAUGAACCUGCCACCAGAUGAAACGCUUCUUCCCCGGCCCAGGAGGGAACCUCCCAACUUCAAGAAUCUAGACCAGAUGGUCCAGCACCUUGUUAGCCGGUGCACCUGUCCAGUUCAGUUCUCUAUGGUCAAAGUCUCGGAGGGAAAGUAUCGCAUUGGUGAUUCCAACACUCUCAUAUUUGUUAGGAUCCUGCGGAAUCACGUGAUGGUCCGAGUAGGUGGUGGCUGGGACACCCUGGAACACUACCUGGAUAAGCAUGACCCAUGCCGGUGUACCUCACUCUCUCACAAGCAGGCUGUGAAGAUGGCCAGUCCUCAGAAGAUGCAAGCUACCCAGGUCCAGCAUGAGAUCACAGCCCGCUUAACACCCAGGAAAGACAACUGUAACAAGCCCCAGCCUGCCUUAAUUGUGAGCAGAUGCCAAAGCCCACUGCCCCCAGUAGAGUGGAGGACCUACCUGCCCCACAGUGUGGGUUCUGGGUGGAAGAAGGUUCAAGCAUCCUCACCCUCAAACAAUGGUGGCAGCAGUGGCAGCAAGAAAAAUGAAGGCCUACAGAUCUCCCAGGAUCAUUCAGAGCCCAGGAGAGCCUCUUCAAUUAGGCCCCCAACUCCUAGUGGAAAUGAGGCUUAUCAAGGACGAUUUAGGAAUAGUGAUCCUGCCUUGGCCAAAGAACAACUCCGAUUGAACAGCAAAAAGAUGCCCAGGAAUGAGAGAGGUCCUAAAAAGGAACAGAGUGAGAUGGUCAGUGUGGAAGCUUAUGGCUUGUUGUCUUCUCGCUUAGGGAUUGGAGUCAGUCAGUUGAAACAUAGUCAGUCAUUGCAGGGGCAAAAAGAUACCCCGAGAACUUCUUGUCAGUUGAGCACUGGAGAUACAAAAGAGCCCAUUGUGGAGAAGGAACGUGUCUACACACCACUACCUAUUAACCUGGCUGAAGAACAAGCUCUGUAUAGAAGUUUGGAAGAAGAGAUUUUGUCCAAUAUCAAGGAGUUGGAAGCAGAUUCAGAUGACAACCAUCUUCCUGGACAGAACCAGUUGGAAGAAGCCACAAAGGUCUUGACUUACGGUGAAGGCGUGCCACGAAGUGGUGUGUACGUGCCAGAAAGAGACACAAGGUGGCAUCCAGCAGGCCUACAUUACGACAGGGUAAUCCAAGAGCUUUCCAUGGCACUCCAUCUGGAGCACAUGGGAACCGACCUUUCUUCUUCCCCUCCAGUGAAUUCCUAUCUGGUGAAUGGAAGCAAGGCCAAAUUAAAGUUUGGGGAAAGAGAAACUCCACAUGAGACCCAGUUAGCCCCUGGAGCAAAGGAGGACAAGCCACCUCAUGCAAAUAACGGAGGACAUAGAGAAGUUAAUGAGAAUGGUGACACCCCCCAGACAUUUCCAAAUGAAGAAGCUCCCAACCCUUCAGAAAGUUCUGUUGCUGCAGAGAAUGUGCCAAGCAAACCAAAGCGAUCUCUGAAAAAACCGGAGCGUGUGCCGUCCUUUUACAAGCUCAAACUACGCCCCAAGAUCCGUCCACGCAAAGACAACAGGCCUGAGAAGAAGCCUUCAAAGAUCCCCAGACCACUGGCAUACAGGUAUGCCCGAAGAACAUCUAGCAUCCAAGGCCAGGGGAAGGCCCACAUGGCCAAAUUUCAGACCAAGAAUGGCCCAGCUAUGGUGAAACAAGACAGCGCUGGAAACACAGAGUCUGAGCACAGCUUGUCCUCCACGCAACUUGUGGAACUGACUCUGACAGAACAGAUAAUGGGAGCUCUGGAGGAUGAGGAAACCUGGCUGUGA